CUAUGGCCUUUGGUCGGCACUCCGCUAAACCCUUCACAUCAUUUUCAAAGGCCAAAAGGGAGAUCAGUCGGGUUCUUAUGAAUGCUAUUCUAGCUCCAUGGUACAAAAGAAGGGUCAAACUACCGCCAUGGUCAUAAAACUACCUUUGGAAAUGCCUACUACGAAAGCCUUGUCAAAUAUGUGCCUGGGCCACGAGCGGUUGAAGACCAUGGCCCCAAGACGGGCAGGUGGUGGAUCAGCUGAUGGUCGUGACGUAACAAGUAAUCUUCCUGGCGGACGGUCAUCGCCGGUAGUUGUCAUCGUGACGGGACAUAACUGGACUGUUUUGAUAAGUGCGUUAGACUGAGCUCCAGUAUAAAUAAAACUUCGCCCUGCUCGAGGAACCACACAUUUUGGGCUUUGACUCAACACUUGUACCAUGAUGGAAAUGAGCAUUGGUUUCAUCUUCCAUCUAACACUUGUACUGGUCUAUGGAUAUGGUAUUAAUACCUACCUCUUUGGAUUGAAUCCCCCUGAAGAGAUUCUUAAGCUGCGUACUAUUGGAUAUGGACCAUUUAAGUACCUCACUUUCUGGGAUAUGCUGUUGCAGUUUACUUAUUUCUCUUUGGCCUUGUUGAAUGACCUUCUGGGAUACAGUGCCAGGAAGCGAUCAAGGAUGCGAGACCUGCAGGACUUUUUAUUCUCUACCAUUGUGUUUGCCAUUGGUUCAUUUGUUACAGUUUCUUUUUGGACACUGUACAACAUUGACAGAAAUUUGAUAUUCCCUGAAAUAUUUGAUGGAUGGUUCCCGACUUGGCUGAACCACAAUGUACACACCACGCCCCUGCUGGGAGUUCUGAUGGAGUCAUACUUGGAACUGCACUCCUUCCCCAAGCGUUCUAAGGGCUUUGGAAUGGUAGCCCUAUUUUCACUAGUGUAUUUGAUCUGGGUGUGCUUUAUUGCUUACCAGAGUGGCCACUGGGUGUAUCCUGUGCUGGCUUACCUGUCCUUGCCAAGCCGCACCCUUUUCAUCAUUGCCAUGGCCAUGCUCAUUAGCCUCAUAUAUCUGGUGGGAGAGAACUUCAACAAAAGGCUUUGGGGGACUGCCAUAUACCAAGUAAAACAGAAGGAAAAUUAAGAUGGUGUUUGCUGUCUCAGGGAGAACAACUAGUCGUUAUGUUCUGAACACAUGUUCUAUUUGUGUAAGUCAUUGUGAUAAACCCAGUAUGAUGUUUUCAAAUGUUGUUUCACUAUUGUUAUCAUUGGCCCUCAGCCAUAAAUAGUGUUAGGGGAAAGACUUAAUGGUUGCUUAAAGUUGUUUUAUGUUUUUUGUAUUUUUGGCUCUGAAAGUUUAAAAUUCUACUUAAAAAAAAAAAACUUAAUAUUAUUACAUAAACUCUUCCUUCUUCCCCAAAAUAAUCUUUAAUUGAAAAUUGGUAGCUGCUUUAGUAUGAGGGCCGUUUGUACUUUAGCGUGCAGUUUACCACCAUAUACAAUUCAGCAUGCACUUUACCUUGCUACAGGAGCUUAUCCUGCAGGAUAAUGAAAAACAAGCAGAAUAGUGCUGAUUAAAGGUUUUAUUAUUAUAUGACAUCAAUGAAAAUGAUCAAAAGGAACUACUUCAGUUUGCAAUUAAAUUUGUUGUUGAUAUUCGUAUACAGUACCCUCCCGAGCUUCGCGCUAUCCAAGUUUCAUGAUCCUCGAGUUUCGCGCUCAAUCCUAAAUUCUUACCAUCCCAACUUUCACACAUUAUCGCCCCGAAUUUUGCACUGCUUUGACAUGGGCGGGUCACGUCUACCUACCGUUGGCGUCACGCGCAAUUCCUUUAGGUGGUGUCACACUGGCCGUUUUCCUCCAACCGUUGGGGCUACUGGUAACUGCGGUUACCAGUGCGCCCAACCAGGAGCGAGUUGUCGGUGGUCCGUAAGAAUGGAAAAUGGUUGGGGGUACGAGCAACCGCGCGGCUGUAUGUAAACAAACAAACGACGGCAGUGGCUGAGGAGUGAGGAGCAGUGAAAAAUGGCCAACCAAGAAACUCGUAAAGUAGACUGGCAGAGCUGCUUUGUUUACUAUUUAAUCGAUACAGGGUGACUGCUUUGUUUGUGUUGUGAAUACAAACAACUGACCUUGGCCAUGUGUGACGCACACCCAGCAAAGUUGGAGUUGCCGGUCGCCCCUCACCAUUGAGGUUGGAGGAAAAAGGCCCAAUGUGACACCAGCAGCUUCAAGGCUAUAAAAUUAUAGUUUUUCGGGAAUUUCCCACCGAAAUUAUCUCCUGAAAAAUUUCUGCAUCAAAUUUAUCUUCAGGUUUGGUCACACAAAGGACUGUUGCAUUCUGGGAUAUGUCAGCUGAAAAGCAAAACAAACAAUGAAUACAGACGUAGCAGAGUUUGCUUUGUGGUGUUUGCUGAAGAAAUAGAAAAGAAAUGAAGAGAAAGCAUUUGUUGGUUCGUGAGUGGUUAGCUCGGAGACAAACGGAGUGUGUCACAGCUACGAGAACUUAGCAGUGAAGGCCCAGACACGAUGAGGCAGUGGCUAUGCUUGGACAAGACUCAAGUCCACGACCUGCUCAACCUGGUUACUCCCAGGGGCGUUUCUAGGGCCCAAAAACAUUUGGGGGUAAGACAAAAACAUCAGGGGCUAAAGUUUACAGUGAGCGAAAAAAAAAAAAAGAUGUGGGGAGGGUGACCUGUUUGUGUUCACCACCAUGCACCUAAGAUAAACACAUACAGCUAGACUCCCAGACUGUACAGGAAACUCCAAACUGCUCAAACUACUGGUAUAUGGCUUCAAAAUGUAAUCUUUAGUAUGAACUACAUCAAUAACAUCAGGUCCGUUCAAACAGUGGAGAAUAUUUAUUUAUUAUUUUUUGGAGGGAUAGGGGCCCGGGGCCCGGGGGUGAAAAAAAGAUUCGGGGAUAGAGUCAAAACAUUCGGGGCUCAAGCCCUGGAAGCCCAAGGCUAACGACGCCACUGGUUACUCCAAGCUUAUCUAGCUUCGUGGAACUCAUUGUAGUCUGGAAUAAACACGCAGAUAGCUACUGAACCGAUCAGCUGAUGCUCUUCUUCUUCUUGUGACCACAACUUACCGACCUCACGAGAAAAUAACCAACAUGCUGGUGACUGAGUUUCUGACUAGAAUUUCGAUGAGUUUCCCUUGAAAUGCAACCGACUUUGAAUUUCUGUACAAAAUUUCCAAGAAACUAGCAGUUGGGUGACCGUGUUCACAUGUGCUGGGGCGAGAUUCACAGAGAUGCGCACUAAUGGCCCGAGGUAAAAGCUACGAAUCAAUGAUUUAACUAUCAACGUUGACUUGAGAUUCACAAAGCUUUCGUUUCGUCAUAGUUAGAGGCUGCUGAUUGGAUGAGCGUCGUCGAUGACGUCAUCAGACUCGGCCAAUCACAAGCGUGUUUUCAGAACUGCUAGCCAAUCGUAAAGCAGCCAGCCGCCUUCAGCUACAGCUUCAAAACGACAAGCUCUCUCUUCAGAUUUUCUUCCUUUUUACACAGUACGUAUUUUGAGAUAACAAUUUGAGUAAAGUAGGAAAAAAAAGUCAGCUUCUCCACGGGCCGGAACAACUAAACAUUUUUCUGUGUUUUCAAUACCCCGAGUUUUGCAAUCCAAGAGUUUAACGCUAUACCUGCGGAAAGAAGCAAGCGCAAAACUCGGGAGGGUACUGUAAUGGAAAAAUGGUUUUCCCUGCCGAACAGACUAUGAAGUUUGGCACCCCUUUCGAGGACAGCAACGUAGGCUACAGGCCGGAAUUCCCCAUCUCUGUCACGCUUUUGUUUUUCUUGCAUGACACUACCACUUCAAUGACAAGGGUCUGCUGCUUGUGGUGUGUCCAGAAGAUGGUAUUCUCGUAGAUAUGAAAUUGCCGUUUCCUCCGUGAAAAUGACACGUCUUUAGAAGUCUUAACAGCAUUGCAGUAACUGUUAGCAGAAUGAAUUGAACUGAUGCUAUUGGCUUCAAUGCAAGGAGGAUAAUGCUGUGUGUGUUUUUUUUAUUUAUUUAUUUACGUGCCAGCCUAUAGUGCCGGUAGGCUUUCUUGAGGGGCCUGGUUGGUAGUCAGCCCCAGUCCGUCAAGGCACAGGCAAAUGUUUUAUAGUGGCGUCAUCUUUUCUUGAUUCAUGCUGCCCCCGGGAGCUCAUUCUUGAUUCACUUCGACUGUUUCUUCUAUAAUCUGGGUUGAUGGAUGUUCUUCAGGACAGCGUGUCUUAAGCCACUCGGCGGUGACUGAAAAAUCCAGGUGGUAGCGGUGGAUUCGAACCCGCGUCGUCUAGCAUGUGGUGAAUGCAGGGCCCUCACGCUAACCACUCAGCCACCGCCUACUCAUAUUACCUACCCGUUGGUUAUUCUUUUACAUGGACCAGUCAGGAACACUCAGGUAACAUGAAAUAAUGAUCUAACUGUGGUCAGAUCAUUACUCUGGUCAGACUAAGGUCUCCAGAGACAGGUCAGGUCAUUGAGCUGUCAGGUGAGGAGCACUCAGAUAGGCGGUGGCUGAGUGAUUAGUGUGCGGGCCCCGCAUUCACGGUGUUUUGGACGACUUGGGUUUGAAUCCCCCCACUACCACCUGGGAUUUUUCAGUCACAGCUGAGUGGCCUGAAGACCUCCCAUCAACCCAGACUCUAGAAGAAACCGUUCUGGUAAAUAAAGAAUGAGUUCCAGGGGGCAGCAAAUGCCAAGAAUAAAUGGCGCCACUAUAAAAAAUUGCCUGCGCCAUGAUGGGCUUGGGCCGACCACCAAGACCCUGAAGAAAGCCUACCUGCGCUAUAGGCUAACACGUAAAAAAAAAAAAUAAUAAUAAUAAUAAUAAUAAUAAUAAUAAUCAGAUGAAGUCUUGGGAGACAAGUCAGACCGGUAGACCGCACGUUGAUUGUUCUUUUACAUAGACUGGUCAGGAGCACUCAGGUAACAUGAAGUAACGAUAUGACUGUGGUCAGGUCAUUACUCUGGUCAUGCUAUUGGUGCAUACUGGGGUAGACUACAUAUACUGAGGUAGGCUGCGUCCUUAAGUAGCACCGAAAAUUGUUACUGAUGUUAGAUUUUAUAUACAACUAAAAAAGUAAAGAUAUAGGUAUUAGUUUUAACCCACUGUCCUGAGUUUUGAGAAAUUAACUAAUAAUCAUUUCACUAUUCAGAUACCUGUAAUUACAAUACUCUUAGGUAUCUGGAAAUAUGCUGUGUCACUUAGGAUUGGUAAGAUACUGACUGUACUUUGAUAGUUUUUUUAACAUUGUUAUUGAUCUCUGCUGCCCUCUCCAAGUGUUGCAUCAUAAAGGAAAGGUGUCAUGCCUGCCUACUAUUCACCAUAGCUAGAUGAUUUGUCAUCUUAUUUUUCUUGUUACCUCAUUUUAGUUUUAGAGAUAUGUCAUGCUUUUGCAUGUUUCUUGUCUUCACUUGUUUGACUGGAAGUGUUUCCAUUAUUUCUUUGUAAACGUUCUGUAGAGAUUACUCCUUAAAGCAGCUAAAGUUAAGUUAGUGCUGCCCUCUAUGCUCAGGCCAUUGGAAUCAGCAAGCAAGCAAUACUCUCAUAAUAUACAAACCUACUAUUAAUUUAUCACUUUACUUAUUUUUUUUAACAAGUGAGGGGCAUCCCCAUGCCCAUUGUUCUUAACUGCAAACAUUGUAAAAAGCAAAGUUUCACACCGAAUCCAAUUGUGCAACAAAAAUAUGUAUCUUUCCCAAGAUACUUCACAUAAUGGGGGACCAGCUGUUGCACAACUUGGGAAGUGUCCACAUUCCUUAAUUUUUUACACAAAACUCUGCUUUAUGGUGCAGCUCUAAACACUUCUCCAUGUUGGGUGCAUGCAUUAAUACAAUGCAGAUCCAAUUAGUUUAUAUCUUCAUGCUUGUACUUUAGAUACUGAAAUGUUUUUAAUAGAAUCUUACAUGA